AUGGGGCCUGUGCUCCUCAGGCGUGGAGGUUGCCUCCUACUAUGGAUGGCCCUUCUCCUGGGAUGCUGGGCCGAGCUUGGCAGCAGCCUGGAAUUCCCAGGAGCAGAGGGCCAGUGGACUCGUUUCCCUAAAUGGAAUGCCUGCUGCGAGAGUGAAAUGAGCUUCAACAUGAAGACCCGCAGUUCCAGUGGCCUGGUCCUUUACUUUGAUGACGAGGGCUUCUGUGACUUCUUGGAGUUAAUCCUGACGCAAGGCGGGAGGCUCCAGCUCAGCUUCUCCAUCUUCUGUGCCGAACCCGCCAUCUUGCUCUCCGACAUGGCUGUUAACGACAACCUGUGGCACACAGUGGUUGUCCGCCGCAAUUUUAAGAACACGACGCUACUAAUUGACCAGACUGAGGCUAAGUGGGUGGAAGUGAAAUCCAAGCGACGGGACAUGACUGUCUUCAGCGGCCUCUUUCUCGGAGGGUUGCCUCCUGAGCUGCGUUCAGCUACUCUAAAAGUAACACUCUCCUCGGUGAAGGACCGGGAGCCCUUCAAGGGAUGGAUAACAGAUGUAAGGGUCAACUACACACAGUCCUCGCCUGUGGAGAGUCAAGAAGUGCGGCUGGAUGAUGAACAGAGCCACCUGUGUGCCAGGGAUGACGUUUGCCUCAAUGGAGGCGUCUGCUCUGUGCUCAAUGACCAGGCUGUGUGUGAUUGCUCCCAAACUGGCUUCCGCGGGAAGGACUGCAGCGAAGGUAAGAACAUGUUUUCACCUUUGCCCUGCCAGCCUCUCCCUCAAUGACAGGGAAGGUCAGGAGAUGGAGACUGCAUGGCUUUUCCUCUGUAUGAGUGAAUCUCGCAGCUGUGCUUUCCCCUCAUCCAUCUCAUACCUUGGACCUUCGGUUAAAUAUUCCAGCCCUUCUUCCUCCAUCCCUUUGAACAAUUAUUGUCGCCAUAUGUUUUGCAACUUUUAAGACAAAGUUGAAGAUGAGGUGGUGGGUGGUGGCGGGAAAGUCACCAUUUUGGGAACAGGAAGGUUGUGGGCAGUGAGCAAUGUGGUGAGCAGAACUUGGUAGCAUGGAAGGGAAUGUGGGGUAUUAGGUUUAGAAAAGGAAAGAUGAGGAAUGGGUAACUUGCAAUUAUCCUUGAUGGGGUUUCUCCCAUUAGGAAACGGGCUUUCAAAUUCAUCCACAACUCCAGCCAGCUGAAGUACUUGAUUUUAAACCUGUUUAGUCCCAAUGAGAUUAAAUAACUCCAAAAGCAAGUAUUUGGCCUUAACAGAUUUGUGGAUUUGGCUGCUCCUAGUUUGAUUAUUGUAUGAAAGCGUGGGAGGAGAGGUGAUGGGAUUUAUUCAUUGUAUGAGGAUAAUGGAGAAAUUGUGUUUGUUCUUCCUCUUUGGAGGUAGGUUUAUUAAUAUCAUCAGAUUGCUUGAAGCCAUAUCAAUGAUUUAUUUGUGCAGCUCCUUAAUGGACAAGGAGUAUGAAUUGCAGUGGAUUUAUAAUUUCAUACCAGAAUAAAUGUCAUUUUGCAAUAAUGGACUUAGCCAAUUCAUAUGUCUGUCAUAUGAAGGCUAUAUGCAGCUGUAGAAUUAUUUUGACUGGAGUAUUUCCAGAGGUCAGUAUUCAGAACUAGAACUCAGAAGACGGUGAAAGCAAAAGGGACUUGCUUGUAUUCUUCCCCCUUUUUCUUUUUUAAAAAAAACCAAACCAAAACAAACCUGCAAACAUGUUAAUAACUGAAUCCUCAUUGUCAGUGCCCAUCCCUUUUGGUAACAUGGAUUAAUUAAGUGCGGUUUCAUCUGUUCCUUAUUUAUUUUUUAAAAUAAAUAAUAUUUGCAUUUCUAAUUUUUUGCAGAUGUUUUUCUGAAAUGGAUAGGAAAUAUUUUUGUUGCAUUUGCUGGCCAUGGAGUGACAGUCAAAGCUGUUAUAAAUGAUAGCAUAUGAGGAGAUAGAAUACAUGUUUCUGUACACAUAUAAAAAUUAAAGGAAACAAUUUUCCUAUGGAACGUAGAAAUGAUUCCAAACUGACAAAGACCAGAUGAAGGUGCUUGUUGAGUGGCUAUAUGUCUAUAAUGACUGAGUAAUUUGCCUUUAUCACUUUUAAUCAAGUUUCACUGGCUGUAGAAAAGAGACAUAAUUUGUGGGUGUGCUUUUUAUUAUGUAAACUUCCUUCCUUUGCUGUCCAGUUCUUAGAUUUUCAGUCAUUUCACAUCCUAUUAAUUUGUCAGCUUUUUAUCUUUCAUCUUCUCUGUUAUUAGCGCUGAACAUUCAAGCCUUUUUUAUUACAUAUAUUCACAAAUGCUGUUGAAACUGUAAUAGAUCAAAUAAUAUAUAUGCUAUAAGAUCAUUGGCUCUUGAGGAAAUGCCUGUGUAUUGGUGUUAUUUGCAAAUACUUGGUUUAAUGCAGUAUGUGGUCUUAAAGGAGGGCUUAGAUGAGUUUAGAUGUCCCUGUUUCAGUACACUGACCUAAUUCACAAUGGUAACUGAUUGAUAGAUUGAGGUUGCAAUCCUAUGGCAAUGACCUGGGAGCAAGUCCCAUUAAAACAAUUGGAGAUUGUUUUUGAGAAGACAUGUAGAGGGCUGCAUGUGAAUCCAGUUAAUAGCAGAAAUUACAAAUGUUGAAAUUGUCUGAAACACUAUCCAUGUUAUGAAAACAAGCUAACAAAUAAGUUUUUAAGAAACAUUGAUACAGAAGCAGAAGAACAUUAAGAACCAAAAGAAAGGUCACAACUCCAUAUUAGAAAGAUGAAACAAUUGCACCUCCAUUAAAAUUAAACUCUGAUGUUGAUGCUAGAUGCAUGUAAAUCUCAUAAACUAUUUCAAAAAAAGUGCAAUUAACACAUUCAAGUGAAGGAAGAAUGGGUGUUUUUUGAUCUAGCCAGCUAUUAAGAUUUACAGACCUAUUCCGUCUACAUUUAUUCAUAUCAGUGGGAUUUACUCCCAGGUAAGUGUGUGGUGCAGCCUCAGAGGCUCAUCACAAGUCUUUAAUUACGGCAGUGGCAAGGACUCUUUAUCCCAGUUAGAACAUCACAGUGAAUGCUGAUUGCAGGGGAAAAUACACUGCUUGCGAUGUGCAAUAUUGCAGCUGAUUAAAAAGAAAUUCAGAGAAAAGACAAGAUUCCCAGCCAGUCACAGAGAGCUGUUACUCUCUGAGCCCUUGCAUCCUAUUUGUUAAUGAAAACCAUAUCAAAUAAGGUUGAUUGCAUAACAGCAAUGGGUAGCUCUUUGUAUUGAUUAAUCAAAGGUUUGAAUUACUCUGUGAUUAGGUUACAUUCUUGUGACUAAUUAGGGGAAGCAAAAAUAAAAUAGGAAAGGGACAUGUGCAACCUGUUCCCCUCAUUAGGCUUAAGACUCACAGCAGCUCUUGCCUAUAGCGGUUGUUUCUUCCUCGCCCUUAGUGGCUCUGAGUCUUUGUAGACUUAAAAACUGUCAGUGGGGUUUAUUCAGUGGUCGAGAAAAAACACCAACUGAAUAUGGUGUUCUGUUUGCAUAGUGGUGUGUUUUGGAUUAUUGUAUGAAGGACUCAUCGUUCACCACCACCAUUAUUUAUAGAAGCGCCUAAAAUAUACUGGGCACUAUUGUACGUCCAUAAAAGUUAAUCAGAAGACUAUCUGGUCGUUAAACUUCAUGGGGUUUUAUGAUAUGCCUGUGUUUCUUGCAUAGUCUUGCUUUAUAAAGUGGAAUAGCAUAAUGGGAAGAGGAUUUGUUAAUGAGUUUUCUUUUCAUGCCUUAGGUGCUGCUCAUUACUGUGCAGAUAACUGAGCAGUUUUUUUUUUUUUUAAAGCAAACAUAGCCUGCUAUAAAUACUGAGUUUACUGUAGCAAUAUGGGGCGCUGCUACCUUCACGGACCCAACUAUUUAUAUCAGAUUCCAUAGCUGUUCUUUAAUAUGUUAUUGGUAUUCCUGUUAGUGAUAAUAUACUUUUAAUGGCGCUUCCUGAAUGUUCACAUGCAUUGUCUCGUACAAAAAGCAUUGCAAGGUAGGUCAGUAUUAUUUAUGUACUGAGACCAGAUCAAUUUAUUUGUUUUUAAGCAUGAGUUAUAACAGGGCAGGAGAAUGACAGGCCAAUCCUCCUCUUCAUGUUUACUCAGAAGGAUGCCUCGCUGAAAUUAAUGGAGUUUACUCGCAAAUCAGCAUACAUAGAGUUGCAGCCUGAAUGUACACAAGGAACAGAACAGAAAAGCUGACUAACAUUAAAAAAGUUGUCACACAAUAUAGAAUUUUAGAUUAUUGUCCCUAUAAAAGCAAACCUGCAUUCAGUUUGCAAAAUCAGUUUUUUUCUUGCCACCUCUGCAAAUGUACUCACUUUAUACGUAAUGUACUUGUAUUAGUUGUUUGACAGAAAACAUGAUUUGGCAAAGUCAUCCUGAUAUCUUGUUCCAUGAAACAAGGUCAGAUUAAACAAAAAUAACAGGAAUAGAAUGGGAAAUGUAAUAGACAAUGGGUUUAGGAAGCAUACAUGCCUUACAUUUAAAUCAUGUGACUUCCCCCAAAGAAUCCUGGGAGCUGUAGUUUAUCUCUCAGAGAAGUACAGUGGUACCUCGGGUUAAGAACUUAAUUCAUACUAAAGGUCCGUUCUUAACCUGAAACUUUUCUUAACCUGAAGCACCACUUUAUCUAAUGGGGCCUCUCGCUGCUUCCGCGCCACCACUGCAGAAUUUCUGUUCUCAUCCUGAAGAGAAGUUCUUAACCCGAGGUACUAUUUCUGGGUUAGAGGAGUCUGUAACCCAAAGCGUAUGUAACCUGAAGCAUCUGUAACCCGAGGUACCACUGUACAAAUCCCAGCAUCCCUAACAGAGUAUAGUUUCUAGGAUUAUUUGUAGGAAGUCAGUUGCUUUAACUGUAUUGUCCUAGGUCUAUUUGUGCACUACAAAUGCAGCCCUCUAUACAUAAUGAGAUUUUAGUUUAUCUGCCUUGGACUGUACUAGGAAUGGGAUAGAACAAAAGUGCUGUGUGUAUGUACCGUAUUUUUGUGUGUGUGUGUAUGGAUAUAUAUAUAUAUAUAUAUAUAUAUAUAUAUAUAUAUAUAUAUAUAUAUAUGAAUGAUUUACAAUCCCUCAGAUCACAGGAAUAACUUUCCGAUCCCAUGUCAUGAGCUGGGGAGGAAAUCCAAUCAAGGGGAAAAUAAAAACUUCUGAAGAAUUGGUAUAUCAUGCUGCCUAAGUACAUUUAUUAUUCUAGUUUUAAUUAAUAGUUUAGCAGCUUUUUCUAUUGAUUGUGCUCAGGAAUAACAAAGGGAACACAUCCUCUACUAGCAGAUCUGAACAUUUAAUAAUAAUAAUAAUAAUAAUAAUAAUAGAUUUUAAAUUUAUAUCCCACUCAUCUUGCUGGGUUUCCCCAGCCACUCUGGGUGGCUUACAACAUAUAUAAAAACACAACAAAGUAUCAAAAUAAAUAAAUAUCCUAUACAAGCAACAAACAAACCAAUAAAUCAAUAGAAACCAAUAAUAACAAUAACAAUAAUAAACAGUUUACAGUUAUACCCAAAUUAAAAUAGCUGCCAACCCCAACUAAACAUUUAACCAACAUCAACCCGACAAAAACUAAACAGAGGAACCAAAAUUCGAACCAUUUAAAACAUUUUAGCCAGUUGCGCCAACCCAAGAGUUGUUCCGGUAAUGUCCUUCCGGCCUCCCAGGAGCCUCUUUUAGGAAGGACACAAAGUGACUUCAAAUCAGUGGGAAGGUAAGUACAACUAUGCAUCCAUGAAUACAAGGGAAUAAUACAAAAAUGAAAUCAAAACAACAGCAACAAUGUAAUUUUCUUUUUAAAAAUGUCCUGUGUAUUUUGGGUCUAUGGACCGCAAUAAAGUUGUGUGUGUGUGUAAAUAAUAAUAAUAAAAAAAUACAGUGCCAUGCAUUCAAAAUUCUAGCAUAGUAGGAUGGUGGAUUUUUACUGUGGCUAUGUUAAGUUAUUGCUAACAUAAAAAAUAAGUGAGUGCCAAGCCAAAACAAAUUUAUUUGAUUAUUUCUUUUCAAUACCAUGAAGAAAAAUCAUUUUGAGCCACUAUUUUCAUUUAACAUACCAAGUAUUUCUGAGAGAGGACGGCUGUCCAAAAAUAUACUUCACUGGCAAUCUAUAGAGUCACCCCAUCCUUCAUAAUUUAUGUCGAUUAUUAAUAAUAUAUUUAUGAUUUCCAGCAAUAAAAGGGUUGGCUUAAACCUCUAACCUCAAAGGGGAUCCUGGACUGCUCUAUAUUGCUGAUGGAAGGGCAAAAGAUAGAUGCCUGCCCUAAGGAUAGCCAGUGCAUUUAUGAUUGGUCUUGGUGGAAAAGGAUCAGUGAAAAAGGAUCAGUAGGAAAGGGGUCUAAAAUAAACCUUCCCAGUAUGCUGUUGCAUCUUUGAAAUAAUAUAUAUAGCAGAGAUGGAUAUAAUAAAGAUGGAAAAGGUGUAAAAGCAAUCCAAACUUAACAAUCAGCAGUGUGGGACACUCACUUUUCUUGUGAGGAAAGGGGCUGAGGUGUUGUGUUUUUUGCUGCAUUAUAAAAGGAAAUUGUGAUUCGAGGGCCCGAUCCCCGCUUGGUGGAAUAAAGACAUGUGGACACAGUGUAUAAGGUUAAUGGGCAAGAAAAGGCCACAACUUUAUUGAUUACAGCAUGUGAGAAGGUAUUGGCUUAGGCAUUGGACCACGGAAGAUUUGACACCACCCACUCAGAGAGGGGUGAGUCUGAAGAGGGGUUAACCACCAGUCGGGGGAGCCUGUUGAUGCUAAUACAACUAUAAGGUCUCCCCUGAUGUCACUGAGGGUCGUUCCAUGGCCCCCCGCCACACAGGCAUCGGACAGGAUCCACGACCGGCAGAUUCCUUAAACGGAAUACCCAAAAUUGAAGGGGUAGGCGAUGGCCACACCUUGCACUUCCACACACCAACAACACAUUCCAAUGCCUAACCACCUAAAAGGAAAUACUGGUUUGUGACAUGAUAAAGAUUUAUAAAAUAAAGUAGAGAAAGUAGUUUUGCUCUUUCUCUCACAGUGCUAGAACUUGAAUUCCUCCAGCAAAGCUGAUGGGCAGGAGAUUCAGGACAGAAAAUAGGAAGCCUAUCUUCAAACAGUGCAUAUAAUUCAUUUAGAGAAUUCACUAGUUUAUAUGGCUUUAAAAAGGGGGAUUAGACAGAUUCAUGGAGAACAAGUCUAUCAGUGGCUAGUCAUUCAGUCCUUGAUGUAGAAGAAAUUAUUACAAAAUUAUUCUUAAGUGUAUUCAAAUGAAUAUUGCUUCAGAAAAAGUGCAAGAACAGUGAAACCAGAACAGAUUGUUAGAUAAUUUUAAUAAAGAAUCUAGUGUGAAAAGUAGCAGUAUCUACCAAGGUUAUUUAUUAAAAGCUGUAAGUGAAAAUAGUCAUAGAAUAAUAGAAUCAUAGAAUCAUAGAGUUGGAAGAGACCACAAGGGCCAUCGAGUCCAACCCCCUGCCAAGCAGGAAACACCAUCAGAGCACUCCUGACAUAUGGUUGUCAAGCCUCUGCUUAAAGACCUCCAAAGGAGGAGACUCCACCACACUCCUUGGCAGCAAAUUCCACUGUCAAACAGCUCUUACUGUCAGGAAGUUCUUCCUAAUGUUUAGGUGGAAUCUUCUUUCUUGUAGUUUGGAUCCAUUGCUCUGUGUCCGCUUCUCUGGAGCAGCAGAAAACAACCUUUCUCCCUCCUCUAUGUGACAUCCUUUUAUAUAUUUGAACAUGGCUAUCAUAUCACCCCUUAACCUCCUCUUCUCCAGGCUAAACAUGCCCAGCUCCCUUAGCCGUUCCUCAUAAGGCAUCGUUUCCAGGCCUUUGACUAUUUUGGUUGCCCUCCUCUGGACACGUUCCAGUUUGUCAGUGUCCUUCUUGAACUGUGGUGCCCAGAACUGGACACAGUACUCCAGGUGAGGUCUGACCAGAGCAGAAUACAGUGGCACUAUUACUUCCCUUGAUCUAGAUGCUAUACUCCUAUUGAUGCAGGCCAGAAUUGCAUUGGCUUUUUUAGCUGCCGCGUCACACUGUUGGCUCAUGUCAAGUUUGUGGUCAACCAAGACUCCUAGAUCCUUUUCACAUGUCAAAUAACUGUGUAAUUGAUAAUGCUGUAAAGUAUGGCAAUAUUGAAAAAUUCUGUGAAAUGCAGAAGGCUUACAACUCCAUGGAGAUUUUUUUAGCUCUUCUUUUUUUUACUGAGCCCAUAUUCAUAGAGAUUGGGUAAAAUUGUCUUUAUGAACAUCCCCCCUCCUGCUCUUCUCAAAACAGAAAACAAUUGCUAAUAAUUCCUAGUAUUAAAGGUAAAGGGACCCUGACCAUUUGGUCCAGUCGUGACCGACUCUGGGGUUGCGGCGCUCAUCUCGCUUUAUUGGCCGAGGGAGCCGGCGUACAGCUUCCGGGUCAUGUGGCCAGCAUGACUAAGCCGCUUCUGGCAAACCAGAGCAGCGCACGGAAACACCGUUUACCUUCCCACCACAGUGGUACCUAUUUAUCUACUUGCACUUUGAUGUGCUUUCGAACUGCUAGGUUGGCAGGAGCAGGGACUGAGUAAUGGGCGCUCACCCCAUCACAGGGAUUCGAACCGCUGACCUUCUGAUCGGCAAGUCCUAGGCUCUGUGGUUUAACCCACAACGCCACCUGUGUCCCUAAUUCCUAGUAUUACCCUUACGUAAAAUUCACCUUUUAAAAAUCUUGUUGCUCUUACUAAUGUGACGCCAUUUGUUUUAAAGGUGGGUAUAAAGACAAAAGAAUAAUUUUUUAAAAGUCCUAAUAUGUUUCAACCAUUUACACAUUCCAUCAUGAUAUAGAACAAUACUUUUUAUAAUGUUUUGCAGGAAGUGUAGCUUUUUAAAUAAUGCCAGGAACACCCUGAACCAGUGGGUUGAAUCUGAGCUUGAGGAGCCUGUUUGAUUAAAUGACUUGGAGGCUAUCCAUGCACCAGACUAGUUAUUAAGCUCUGAAUUCACCUGAGUGAGUCAAAUCAACCCUAAUUACUGUACAACUGCUUCCUGUAACAGGCAGUACACUGAAGAAGUAGCCCUUGUGGCCUUGGUUCCAGGUAUUAUGGUUAUAAGAAUGCAUUUAAAAACAAAACAAAAAACUAUACCCUUUAUCUUUUGGCAUAGUGAUAUCUAUCAACAGUAGUUUUUACAUAUACAGUGGACGCUCGGGUUGUGAACAUGAUCCAUGUGGGAUGCACAUUCACAACCCGCAGCAUCCGCAACCUGUGUCUGCGCAUCUGCGCACGCGCGGGGUCUGAUUCAGCGCUUCUGCGCAUGCGCAAAGCACAAUUUAGCACUUUUGCGCAUGUGUGACUGCUGAAACCCGAAAGUAACCUGUUCCAGUACUUCCAGGUUUUGGCGGUCCGUAACCCCCAAAAAACGCAACUUGAAGCAUCUGUAAUCCGAGGUAUGACUGUAGUUACACUUUGCUGUAUGGAGUUUUAAAUUUCCUUAAAAGCCCAAUAAUGUUACACUUGCCAUCUUAUGCCUCUGCAAUACAGAUAGGCCCAUAACCUUUAUAGGUCGUUUUAUACCUGGGAUAUUUCUCACAGCAUAAAAUAGACUAAACCUUAUGAAGCCACCAUACACAAAGCCAAACCAUUGUUCCCUGUUGUCUUCUCAGACUGACAUUGGCUCCCCCAAGGUCUUCAUCAGAGGUCUUAUUGCUUUCUGUAGCUGUUUGACAGGAGACACCAGGAGCUGAAUCCAGGACUCCCCCUCCCCUUUCCCCCCACUGAAAUCACAUUCCUUUUAAUACUGAUCUGGUGCCGAGUGCCAAAAGAAAUGGAGACAAAACAUGGCAAUUGAGAAACAAGAGGGAGAUGUUAGUGUGUUUUACCAAAGUAUGGGGAAAAAACCCUCCCAACUUUUUUUAAGUAAGGGGGCGUAACCCCCAUCGUUCUACCUGGACACUGAGGUCCAGCGCUGAGGGCCUUCUGGCAGUUCCCUCGCUGUGAGAAGCCAAGUUACAGGGAACCAGGCAGAGGGUCUUCUCGGUAGUGGCACCCGCCCUGUGGAAUGCCCUCCCAUCAGAUGUCAAAGAGAAAAACAACUACCAGACUUUUAGAAGACAUCUGAAGGCAGCCCUGUUUAGGGAAGCUUUUAAUGUUUGAUGCAUUACUGUAUUUUAAUAUUUGGUUGGAAGCCGCCCAGAGUGGCUGGGUAAGCCCAGUCAGAUGGGCGGGGUAUAAAUAAUACAUUAUUAUUAUUAUUAUUAUUAUUAUUAUUAUUAUUAUUAUUUUAUUAGAAAGUCCAACAAUCAGCCCUUAAGGACUGGGUAUGCUCAGUUGCCAUGGGAUGUUGUGCUUCAGUUGGAAAGGAAAAAGCAAAAUGAAACUAGGGUGGUGAUGAAAUGCUAAAUUGUAGCAAACUCAGGUGGUUGAGUUGUGGGCAAAACUGAGCUACACACACUGAUAAAUGCUAAAUGAUGUUGAUGCCAGUCAUAGACAAUAGCUUACUUCAGGCUAAGUGAGCUCUUCAAAUAUCGUGGACUGCGGGAUACAAAAAUAUUGAGAACAGCACAAUUUCAGAAUCAGUAUUGUUGGAGUCACUCUCUCUGGACUUUCGGACUUCAAGCCAUGUAUGGGGAAAGGUUAGCGAAGAUGAAAAAGCUCCCCGGAGUGGAAAGGAGCUAUUUUAGCAGCUCUUGGACCCAUAACUUUUUAUGAACAUUACCGGGAAGAACGACGUCUAUGUAAUAUAAGCCUUAAUAAUUUAGGAGAUUUUGUGGAGGACUAGGUAAAAAUAUCUUCAGUAUUCAUUCCAAAAGCAUGUGGACAUAAGUGGGGGUGUUGCAGAACCAGACAUUAUCUGCUGUUCCAAAGAGUGCUGAUUCAAUGAAGACGGAACCUUAGAAAAAUCACCAAAUUAAACUUUAGGCUGAAAUAGGGAUUUUCAGAACAGUUAGUUUCUCAGUUUUAGUGGAUCCAUCAGCACCACACACGUGAACAGGCAAAACCGUCACUUCAGCACUAAACAGACUUCCCACCCAUUGAUGAGUCCUGCCUUUCAGUGCUGUCAUUGUUGCAUAUCUCAUCUAUAUACUAGUUGUAGUUGUUGUUUAGUCAUUUAGUCGUGUCCGACUUGUCGUGACCCCAUGGACCAGAGCAUGCCAGGCACUCCUGUCUUCCACUGCCUCCCGCAGCUUGGUCAAACUCAUGCUGGUAGCUUUGACUAUACAGUGGUACCUCGGGUUAAGUACUUAAUUCGUUCCGGAGGUCUGUACUUAACCUGAAGCUGUUCUUAACCUGAAGCACCACUUUAGCUAAUGGGGCCUCCUGCUGCUGCCGUGCCACCGGAGCAAGAUUUCUGUUCUCAUCCUGAAGCAAAGUUCUUAACCUGAAGCACUAUUUCUGGGUUAGCUGAGUCUGUAACCUGAAGCGUAUGUAACCUGAAGCAUAUGUAACCAGAGGUAUCACUGUAUACUAGUACUGUUGGCCAUAUACAUGGUGCUGAAGAAGGGCUUUUUAAAAUCAAAGACACUCCACUUUUGCUACGGCUAGGGUGGAUGUCAUAGAUAGAUAAAUGUUAUUAGGAACAUGGAAUGCGGGUGGCACUGUGGUCUAAACCAUUGAGCCUCUUGGGCUUGCUGAUUGGAAGGUCGACGGUUUGAAUCCCCAUGACGGAGUGAGCUCCCGUUGCUCUGUCCCAGUUCCUGCCAACCUAGCAGUUCAAAAGCAUACCAGUGCAAGUAGAUAAAUGGGUACCGCUGCGGCGGGAAGGUAAACGGUGUUUCUGUGCGCUCUGGAGAUUGUCACGGUCUUCCGUGCGCCAGUAGUGGUUUAGUUAUGCUGGCCACAUGACCCGGAAAGCUGUCUGUGGACAAACACCAGCUCCCUUGGCCCGAAAGCGAGAAUAGCGGCGCAACCCCAUAGUCCCCUUUGACUGGACUUAACUGUCCAGAAGUCCUUUACCUUUUACCAUUUAUUAGGAACUUGUAGGCCCAAAUUUGUUGACUCACUUUCAGGUCACAGCUGUUGUGUAAACUCCCCCAUCCCACUUAAAGGUUUUAUGUUAGGAAGUAGAAAAUCACUGGAUAUCAUAGUGCCAGGGAUGUAAUUACAGCAAAGGGAGCAAGCUGCCUGGCAGAAUCUAGAAUUUAUGUUGGAUUUUCAAAUAAUCUCCCUUUUUUUUUUACUUUAAAUGCCAGCCUCUGAAAUGUAUCUUAAUAUUAAGCCCUGAGGCAGGGAACCAGCAUGUAUUAUGAAUAUAUCUGUGAAUGUGAUAUUUUAAAGUUAUAAUUUCCCCUCUGAAUUCAAGACCUAAGGGAUUGAAAGAGCUGGACAUUUCAGUAUGGACCCUCAAGUUUUCAGAGGAGCAGGACUGAAACUUGAAAACAUUUAGGACCACUUUAAGCCAGUUCUGUUUAAUGUAUGGAUGUUCUCUGAGAUGCAUAGUUUUGACACUGUUGGGGAAUAUGCACUGCAAUGUGGAUAAACUCAGUACAGUGGUACCUCAGGUUAAGUACUUAAUUCGUUCUGGAGGUCUGUUCUUAACCUGAAACUGUUCUUAACCUGAAGCACCACUUUAGCUAAUGGGGCCUUCCACUGCUGCCGCGCUGCCGGAACACGAUUUCUGUUCUUAUCCUGAAGCAAAGUUCUUAACCUGAAGCACUAUUUCUGGGUUAGCAGAGUGUGUAACCUGAAGCGUAUGUAACCUGAAGCAUAUGUAACCCAAGGUACCACUGUACUGGCAACUGGUGGAAGAAACACAUUUGAUUUUUAUUAGCCCUUGCUUGCAGCCUUAGGCAGGCAGAAUUGUUCAUUUUGUAGAAUAAGUCUAAUGAUCCCGGGGCUAAAAUGAAGGCUUGUAGAAAAUUUAAGAUUUGCUGGAUGUCAAAUUCUUGUUGAAGAGAUUGCAAUUUGAUAGUGAUACAUUUCCCACAUUAUGCCCAGGCCCACCCCUAGGAUAAAGAGUGCCAAGGAUAAAAAAGGAGAAGUAGAUUUUGGGAUCGUCACCAGUAGCCUAAUUUAUUUUGUAAUAUUUAUAGACCUUUUCUCAAAAUUUAAUUUACAAAGCAGUGCAUUUGGAAUAAUAACAAUUAUAGUUAAGGCACACUGAUUAAUAAAUAUAUACAGUGAGAAUUAUGUCCAUAUCGCUACAGGCAUCUCAGUAAACUUGCAUCUUGCAUCAAAGUAACAUUGUGGCCAGAAUAAAAGAAAUACAAGGCAUGGGCGUAUGCAACUGUUCUCAGUUCCUAGCAGCCCCAGCCAACAUGGUCAAUGGUCAGGAAGUUCUAGGUGGUCUUUGGUAACAUGGUGCCUCAAGCAAGGACAACAUUUGGUUCUUUCCCUAUUUCUUAUUUUCACAACAGUUCAUUUAGGUACAGUUUACUCAUAUACUGACCUGUAUAAAUAUAUAAAUAUAUGUUGUAUUAUUAUCAUUAUUAAUCCUAAAUCUGGUGCUGUCCAGCAAUAUCUGGAGGGCACUGUGUUGACUACCCCUUUUCUCCGGUGAAAAAAAAUAGGCAAACUAUUUGUAGAUCACACUGGAUUGGCUCCAAAUUAAGCCAAGCUAUUAAGUACAGUAAUAAUGAAAUAUAAUGAUUUAAAUAGGUAAAUUAUUGAAUAAUUUGGAAAUACUGAUGAAGAUGGAGCAUCAAUUCUUCACAUAUUUCCCAGUGUAUUUACUAUAAAAAGAGAAAACUAUGACAAUCUAGGCCUGUCUCUUCACUUUGUACUAAACUGGGGGACCUGUGGCCCUCCAGAUGUUGUUCAGCUCCCAUCCACCUCAGCCAACAUCACCAAUGGCCAGGGUUACAGCUUCCUGAAAGGGCCUACAAAGUAUACAACAUAUUGGUGGCUAAAUAUUGAAACUAAUGAAGAUGAGUGGGUUAGAAAUGAAACAGAAAAAGGAAAUGGUUUAAACUAGAGAAGCUCCAGAAUUUCUCUUGAGCUGAAAUUUGCAGCGAAAUAAUCUAAUAAUUCCUUCCUGGAAAAAUAAAUCUGCAUGCAUACAAAUUUCAGUACGCAUUUCUUAUGUGUUUCCCAGAUCCAGCUGUGGAGGGGUGUGUGUGCAUAUUUCUAUAUGCAUAUGAAUGCAAUUUCUGGUCUAUGCGUACAUACACCCAAUUUGGUGCCAUUGUGAAUGUGAUCUGCUCAGCUGAGCUUAGCUUCCUGAUGCAGAUGCUCUGGAAAUAUCCAGUUGCUUGCUGGCCUUGCACGUACGCACCAGUACAUACCCCCUUGCCUUGACAUGUGCUUCAGCAUUUUGAGGUUGCACUCCAGAUUCCCACUCUCUGCACUCUCUGCAGUUCCUGUGUACUUGAUAAAAUAUAAUUUAGGACAGAGUGGAAUGUUGUGGGGUACUGUAGGGCAACAGCCCUUUUGUUGACGGGUAUCUGUGGUUCAACCCCAAGAUAAUGAAUUGCUUUGCAAACUGAUGGCAUGGUAUAAAACUUGUCAUCUAUUUGUGUUUCAGAUGGGGAAGGGCUGUAGCUGAUUGGUGAAGCAUGCUAAAGAUCCCUGACAUCUGCUGUGCUACCUGAAACCCGACAGUGUUCCUGCCCAACCAUGGACACCAGUGUUUCCCAGACUUGGGUCUCCAGCAGUUGUUAGACUACAACUCCCAUCACCCCUAGCUAGCAGGACCAGUGGUCAGGGAUGAUGGGAGUUGCAGUCCAACAACAGCUGGAGACCUAGGUUUGGGAAGCACUGGUAGAGCUGGGAUUGGGGGCAGCUUCUUAUGGCAACCAGCCACCCACCAGUUUCCAAGUGAAAGUCAUUUUCCAUUGAAAUGGCACUCACAUUACAUGCUUUCCAGUGCAGAAAGGGAAAAGACAUGAGCAUUCUGUUGAUUGGGCAUAGCAGAGAGUUCUCAUUUUACUUAAAAGCGGAGAAACUUGACUCUAGUCAUUUUUUCUACUCUAGUGGCACUGCCUUCCUGUAAUUAAGAGUACAUGUAAGGCCAUUACAGAGAGCAGUUCACAUUACAGUGUUGCAAAUGGAGAUCUGUAUAGCAAACAGGAUGUUUCCAGAUUAACUCUUCAAUCUCUAUAGGAACUUAACAUUACCUUCGCUUUUCUCCUUACAUGCUUUGAAAUGUGUGCAUAUUUUAAUUGCAAGGGUCUUGUUCUUACCCUGUAAAUCAGACAUAAAUGGCUGGGUGAAAUGACACAUCCUCAAUUUUACAGUCCCAUUUACUGCAAAAUAGGGAGAGGGAAAUCCAGUGAUUUUAGGGCAGUGUUUUUGGAGUGGUAGUAGAUUUACCAGAGCUCUUCAAAACUCCCAUCGAGCUCAUAGCACUGUUUUGAAUUUCCAGAAUGCCCCAUUUGUGACACAACCUAUUGUCCCCAUUGGGAGCUCCCUUUCUUUUUUGCUUCCAGUGCCCUAGAAAAUCAUGCCUAUCCCUAAAAUAUAAAGUAGCCUUUCUUGCCAGUAAGUUUCUCCCCAUGCACACACUUAAAAAUUGGGCUAAACAUUCAUCCUUUGAGAGCUUAGCACAGCACUAGACACUUCUGUUGAAAGAAUUUCAAGUUAAAUAUUCUACAUAUAGGAGGUUAAAGCACGACAACUUUGUGCAUAUUGUGUUAGUGUGCAUGCAAAAGCAUACAGAUGGAACAUCCUGGACAUUUCACACAGUGCAGAAUGCAAUCUAAAUACAGUCAAGAUUUCUGAGUGACAUUUUAAAAUGAUAGUAGCAACUUGAAAGGCAGUGUUAUCCUACAACUACUUUUCCUUUCCUCUGUUCAUUCUUUUUUUUUUUAAUGAUAUUUAUUGAAAAUUUUAAAAUUACAAAAGAGAACAAAAAAGAAAAAAAGAAAGAAAAAACAAAGAAAAGACAAACCACAGUCAAACAAUACAGAUUCAUAAAAAUCAAAAUCAAAAAAUAAUACGACACAAUUAAAAAAUAAAAAUAUACCACAAUAAUUUAAAAACAAAUCCAAUAUUCUCAUAUCUUUAACUGUCAUUACCUUCUUUCUUUGACCUCCUCCUCCUCCCUUUUUUUGUAUCCUGAUUAUUAAUUGUCACAGCAAAUCCUUUCCAUAUUUCAUAAUAUUCUGUCAUUACUUUACCUUAAUCUAUUUUAAUCUUAUCUUACUAUGAAAACCUUAAAACUUAAAACUUAAAUCUUAUUUUUACCAAUUUCUCAUAACCAUAAUAUUCUUACAUAAUUUUUAAAACAUUUUUGCUAAAGCCAAAUAAUUUCGUUCCAACAUUUUUCUAACAUUCAUCAAUUUUAUAAAACAAUCAUAAUAAAAGAAAUAACAAUCCAAUCUUCAUCCAGCGUCUCUUCCUCCUGGACCCGGGUUUUGUCAGUCCUUUCUAUCCCAUCAAUCUAGCGCAUUAACCUGGUAACCUUAUGUCCGAGGCCCUUAAGUCUCUUCCAUGUCCCUUCCGCAGCUCUUCUUCAUAUUUAUAGCUAUAUUUUCCUUUAUCUCCUACUUCUUUCACUCUUGGGAACUCCAGCUUGACAAUGCUUUUGACCCUUCUCGACAAAUCAGCCCCUUUUCCAUAGUCCCCACUAAGCUCCAUGUGGUAUUUAAGAACAUGUUUCAAAGACCCUCCAAAAUUGAGAGCCCCCACAACCCCAAACAUCUCACGGCCCAUUGCCAGACUCGAAAAGUCCAAACCUCCCUGCAUAGGGGGGUCUAUCCAACCCCCCAUUUCCAAACCAAACCAAACUUUAUCUUUCCAAAUCUGGCUUUUUCCAAGUUCAUUUGUCAAAUCCAAGAAUUCAUGUUCCUGCUGGGCCGCAGCUCCCUCCAUCCCUGGCGCCCAAGAUUCAGCAACAUCUCUUCCCUCCUCUGUUCAUUCUUAUAAAAACACAUUGUUGUUGUUGUUACAGUCAUACCUCGGGUUACAGGCCCUUCAGGUUGCGUUUUUUUUUUGGGUUACGGACUGCAAAAACCCGGAAGUACCGGAACGAGUUUCUUCUGGGUUUCGGCGGUUGCACAUGCCCAGAAGUGAUAAUCACACUUUGUGCAUGCGCAGAAGUGCUGAAUUGCAACCCGCUCGUGAGCAGACGCACCGCUGUGGGUUGUGAACGUACAUCCCGCCCGGAUCACGUUCGCAACCCGAGUGUCCACUGUAUUAUUAUUAUUAUUAUUAUCUUUUUCACAUUUAAUAUUUUAUUGCAAACUUAGCAAAACAGAAGAAAACCAAAGAAUACAAAAUGUAAGCCGUAAAGCGUCACAGCCUGGAAGGAUAAAAGUACAAAGAUACAGCACAGCUCCAAAGGAAUAAUAAAGUAUCGACUCUUACCAAAGAGGGAUCUAGGAGAGCAUGAGCAGUUCCGUUGCACCAGGUGUGGACCUUCUGGGGUUCCGCAGCAUGUGCCAGGACUGUGAUGUCCAAUAGAGGGCAAGAGUUGGGGUCUCCAGAUUCUGACGUUGCACAGGGCGCCACUGAAAUCUGAGACGCAAAGGUCCGCCAUUGCUCAUACAAAGAUUGCCUUCUCAAGUAACAAAGAUAUGUAGAAAUGAAAGUUUUCCCCACCUGUGAAUUCCAUCAUUAUUGAGGAUAAAGGUUCUAUAAAGUUUCAAAUGAGCCAGUAUUAGAUGAAUACCUCUCCUUUGAAAUGAAAUAACAUGGAAAUGAGUGCUAAACACACACCACUUCCCAUUGGUUUUCCAAAAUGGCUUUUGCAUAACAUGAAAGCUUUAAAAAAAAAAUGCAGAAAUUAGCAAUUAGGGAAACAUGGGGGAAAUGAAAUAAACUACUGUGUGAAUGCAGCUGCAUUCCCUGCCCCCCCAAAAAAUAUCCAGAAAGGCGUUCAGAUUAUUAUCACCUUAAAAACAACAACACUGUAACAACAACAACAACAACAACAACAACAACAACAACAACAACAACUGGAUUGUGAGCAUCAGGAGAUAUAGAAUAUUAAUGUGACUUUAAUUCUACUUCUGGAUUUUAAGAACUGGUAUUGCAAUUAUGUGGCAAACAAACACUUAAAAACUGCUGAGAAAUCCAAAUUGGACACCCACACCAUCUGAUCUUAGCAGGGGUCCUUCUCACUUAUUCAAAUGUGCAGUUCCUAAAUGGAAGCCAUAUUUGUUUCCUUGUCUUGAUCUGUACAGAUGUUUGUUAUCAUUAAUUACUGGUCUCUUGCCACAACUUGUUCAGAAAUAGGCAAUGCUAUUUUCCGCUGAACCCCUUUCCCAUUGCAAGAAUACAGUGCACAUAGGAUCUAAAAUUGCAGGCUUCUCAAAGGAAGCCUGUCUAUAGCAUUUCACUCAUGCAUUACAAUUGAUUUUCACGCUCCUUUUGCUGUUUUCAGAUGCUUAUCUGAUGCACAAAAUUUCAAAAUCUAGCCUUGAAAUGGCUAGUGAAAUCCCUUCUUCAAAAUACAGUUGAAAUAAGAGCUCAGAUACGUAAGGUGUCAGUGUUGUGUUGUGUUGUGUUGUGUUGUGUUGUGUGUGCACUCACUCACACAGAGACAUCCUAAGAAUGCUGUUAUGAGGAGUAGGGUUGGCUAUAUUGAUAUUAUAUAUGAUAUGUGUCUCAAAAUGUAUAUAUUUGAGGUUGGGUAUUCUUUGCCUCCUUUGUUUAGAGGCACAAAAAAAUGUUUCCGGGAUGGAUUAAAUGGAAAGUUCUAGAAAUAAGAAAGGAGCCAUCCAAGAUCAUUUGAAGACUACACUGUAAAACUACAGUGGUGCCUCGCAAGACGAAAUUAAUUCGUUCUGCGAGUUUUUUCGUCUUGCGAGUUUUUUUGUCUUGCGAAGCACGGUUUCCCAUAGGGUAUUAACGGUUUUAAGAAAAAGGAAACAAACUUGCAAGACGUUUCGUUUUCGUCUUGCGAAGCAAGCCCAUAGGGAAAUUCGUCUUGCGAAGCAACUCAAAAAACGAAAAACUCUUUCGUCUUGCGAGGCAUUCGUCUUGCGAGGUACCACUGUAUAAAGCAAAUUGCUUGUUUAAAAUUGUUAAAUUAUUUCAUUCUACUGGAAUGCCCAUUAUUAUGUUGGACACAGUUUGUGGGUGGUGCAUUGCUUAUAUAUUAUAAUGACGUGUGUGUGUGUGUGUGUGAGAGAGAGAGAGAGAGAGAGAGAGAGAGAGAGAGGUUUCGUUCCUGAAUUUUACAAGGAGCUUUGCAUUUGUGUAUGUUUGUGUGUUCUAGUGUGUCUCUGUUCUCUUUGCACAUAGAUACAAAUAGCAUCUCCUUUCAAAACCAUUGUUGGUGCCCUUCCCAAUAUAGAGUGUUAUUUUUAUAUAAUAGUCCCAGUCUUGUUAAUCCUAACAGCCAUUAUAGAGCUUUGUGUGUAAAAGCAAGGUCAAAAAAUACCUGGUAUUCAAUACAUGAGCAGACCAAACCCUCCUAGGUACAUAUAUAUAAAAAAAUCUUAGGUGAACUGCGCAUGAACUGCAUCUUAGGUGAACAGAUAUAGCUGACCAUAAUUACAGAUGCUAUAAAAAGUGCUGUUGUGAUAUUGGAAAGUACUGGUAGCCAUAUUUUCCCUCAGUAAUUCAUGCUGGCUUUAUAAUUAAGAGAACAUCUCUUGAUAUGAGGCGCUUUUGCACACAUUUAUUGAGAUAAAGGAGGAAGGACCAAAUAUUCUCUGUAGGGGAAGUAUAAUCAGCUGUAGGUAGGAGCAAGGCUGGGCUCCAGGGCCCUGGAUUAAAUUUUCCAAAAAGUGUCACCUUUUUAACCAGCAGAAAGAGGCACCGGGUGCAUCUUUAAAGGAUUUCAAGCAAUAAUAUGCCAAGUGUUUUUAGUUUAUCUCCUUGUCUUCCACUGCGUGAAACUGGUUAUUGUUCUUUCAGAUUUUAGGCUGCUCUACAGGGUGUAAGCUGACUUUAGUGUGUACACUCAGGUGGGAAAUAAAUAACAAAAUAAAGAGCUGUCCUCACCUCUUUCACAUUUUGCAGUUGUCUACAUGAGGAAGGCUUAGGACUGUUCUGGCGUAUAAGACAGCAUGUUGUGUGAACCAUCUCCACAAGGAAUGCGCAACAUUAAAUAAAAAUAUUGCUUUUCAGAAGCAUGAAUGAACCAUUUGUUGACUUAUGAUAAAAGCAUGCCUAAUUGUUCUCCCAUAAACUCCUAGCUCUCCCUUUUGUUGCUGUGAUUGUCAUCGUAUUUUUAAAAAAUCAUCUGCCUUUCAUAACGCUUCUGCCUUUAUCGUGCUGUGCUGAGGAAGCCCUGGGUGAGCGAUUGUAGGUAAUGUAAUAAGAGUAAGAGCUGAUACCAUUUUAUCAAUCAAUAUGCUUCGGAAAGUAAUAUAAUGUGAGCCAUUAAUUCCUCAUCCUGCACUUUAUUUAUUUUUGCAGCAGGCUGGCAAACAGGAGGCCCUGGGCUUCACUUCAUUUUUGUUUGUUUUCGUUUCUGUUUUCCUUUGCUGUCCUAUGUGCUUGCAGUCUUCUGUGAUAAUUUCAGAUUUGGGAGCAUGCAACUCCUAUUGUACCUAGAAACAAAUUUUCUAAUUUGCUUCUUCUGAGUGACAGUCUCUGCUCUGUGCUGCAUUUUACUGUUAUCAUAAAGCAUGUAGAUGACAAGUUGAUCCUGAAUUAAAAAGGUAGAAAGGGGCAGGUUCACUCCAUUGUCUUCCUCAUCUGCUGGCAUGCUGGGUUUAGAUUUGGGAACCCAGGUUCAGAUAUCUUUCGUCCACCCCCACCUCCAGACAGCUAUUUUACUUCAUUUGAAACAUUUCUGUGGAUAGAUGUCAGGAUGCUGUCAGCGGCUCCCAGCUGGUUGCCCUGAAACGUAUGAAGACAAGGGAAAUUUUCUUACACUCACUUUUUAUUUCAAACUUUGCAGAGAGAGGUUAUAGAACCCAGCUUCGCAUUGUCCCAAGUGAAUCUCCACCCUUCCGUCUUUCCCACUUCCUCAUUCAUCUUCAUCACCUCCUCUAUGGGUACCACUAAGUCCCCUCUGUCUUUGAGCUCUUUGCUCUCCUACUUUUAAGGCUCAACAGGGAGAUGGAAGGUCUGGAAUGCUUUCUAAUGACAACAUGUCAGCCAGGUGUUGCUCUGGCUCUCCCAUGAUUUCCCAACUUUCCCCCUCAUCUGCCUCUGAGCUGUGACCUCCAUCAAACCCUGUUGUAAAUCUAUACUGUCUUCCUCUUCCUCCUCUCUGGAAGGGCAAGGAUGGGGAGGUGGUCUCCACCAUUCCUCCUAUGUCUUCAUUUGGUGUUGUGUUUAGUUGUUAACACACACACACACUAUAUAUAUAUAUAUAUAUAUAUAUAUAGAUUUUAUAAGGAUUUUCUAAAAAGGAUAAGGUUUGUGUAAUAUUCUGUCUUCAUUAUAUAUGCUAUGUAAGCUAUGGCUGGAGUUUUUGAUUAUUAUUAUUUUUAAUUCCAAGUCCAGAUUAGCUGCUAGGUGGUAACAUGGAAACUUUAGAUAUGGUACAUGGAAGCUGUCAUCUUUCCGUGGGUUUCCAUAAAUCAGGAAGGGGCUUACACGGAAUCCUGAGGAACUGAGCAGGAUUUAACCCCUGACCAUCAGCUAAUGAGCGGGGAUUAAAUCCUGCCUUGUUUGGUUGCUUGCCCCUGUUCCUUUCUGUUGUGGCGGGCUUUGGGGGUCUCAAACUUCAGUGGCGCCCUCUGCAAUGACAAAAUUUUGUGCCCUCCACUCAUGCUACAUUCUAAAUCAUAGUUAUGGUGCCCCCUGCAGCACCAAAAAGGCUCAUUGCGACUGACCAGUCACACUCCACUAAAUCUGCCCCUGCCCUCUGGUAUGGAGGUCAUAGGACGGAAGGACAAGUUACAUACUUUCGCUAGGAGAUCAGCAAUUUUGUAUUGGAGUUCUUAGAGAACUCUAAAGUGGAUGCCAUCUGGACCUGGCAAUUUGUUGUUGUUUUAUUUUGUCUGUAAGGCCUAGAACAGGAGUCAGCAAACUUUUUCAGUAGGGAGCCAGUCCACCGACCUUGUGGGGGGGGGGCUGGACUAUAUUUUGAAAGGAGAAAAAAAUGAACGAAUUCCUAUGCCUCACAAAUAACCCAGAGAUGCAUUUUAAAUAAAAGGACACAUUCUACUCAUGUAAAAACACGCUGAUUCCCAUGCUGUCAAUAGGCCGGAUUUAGAAGGCGAUUGGGCUGGAUUCGGCCCCCAGGCCUUAGUUUGCCUAACCAUGGCCUAGAACUUACGUUAUUUUGUUCUUACAUUUCUUCUACACCCCCCAUGUUUUAAAAGAGAGAGAGAGGAGACCCAGUUAGCAAUCACCACCUUUUUGAAUGACCUGUAUAGCAGAUACACAUGCACCCACAGAGACCCCCCCUUCAUCCCUCCCUCCUCUAAAAUUAGGCUUGAAACAAACAUUCUGUUGUGUUGGGUAUUUGUGUAUGGUGCCCACAACAGUUUAUUCAGUUUGCAAAUCUGCCUCUGGGCCCAAAGGAGAUAGUGACUCCUGCUUUAAACAGUGCACAGUGGUAUAAACUAUAGUGGGCUGGUGUUCCUUUCAUCAUAUUCUUGUAGUGUUGUCCUCAGUUUGCAGAUAUGUGCAGAAACAUACACCCAGAUAUGGAGGGGGGGGAAUUAUAUAUUUCAAAAAAUGUCAGUUAAUUUAUUCCCUGACCUUUUUGCCAAAUUGUACCAGGUGGCUUUCAUAAAUAUCAGUAAAAUACAAAAAAACCAAGAUAAAAUCUAGCAUAAAAGUUACGAAUGAUUUGCAAGCAGCUUAAAACACCUGGAGAAUAGACAAUGAACUCAUUGUCCUAAGAAAGUCUGCUUAAAUUAAAAUAAAUAGUGAGGCCAAAAUGCCAUGAGAUGCAAGAUACAAUCUGUGACAUUUUUAUGCGAAGCUCAAAUAAUAAGUAAGGUAAGAUAAUUGCUCACAAGGUAAGGUUUAAAUGUAUACAAGAUAAUAUAAGGAGGUUCUCCAUAGAUUAAUCAUUUUAACAAACAAAUACUUGACGUAUUUCAGUGUCGCUUUCAAUACAAUUUAAAAUGUGAAUGUAUAGUGAAUUAAGAUAAAAAUAAUGAAUUCCGGUCUCUCUGGACUGCUUAUUCUGCUUCUAAGCAGCUGCUACAAUUAGGAAGUUGCUUCUUCAUGCUUAGCCUGGAUCUGCUAGAACGGAUAAACCAUGGCUUCUCCUCUUCUGAUAUCUUUGCAAAUAUUUGAAAGCUGUCAACAUAUAUUCUAAGCUUCUAUAUUAAUCUAUCUCUUUUUCUAGCUCUGGGCUACUAUCAGUUUUUUAGCUUUCUCCCAUAGGAUUGUCCUUGAGGUCCAUUUAUCCUUACAGUUAUAUAUAAUUGAGUUCUGAGUAACCUGUUGUGCCCAGCACAGUUGGAGAUUUACCAGUGAUGGGCAUAGCAGUAAUAUAACUUAUUGAAACCCCCUAUGGACCUGUCUAAGGGACAAUCUAGUACAGAAUCCCAUUUCUAGUUCUAGCAAGUCAGAUGUACAUGGAAAGCUAGCUGUUGAGCUGGCCAUAUCUUACAUAUCAUGAGGACCUAUACAGAAACUGCGGUAUCUGUUAUAUAUACCCAGUAGGCCGCUUUGGUCUGCCGGAGAGCUUUUCCUGCAAAUUCCAAAGAUAUCAGAACCCCACUCCAUAGUAAUUCAGAGCAGGGCUUUCAGUGUGACUGCCUCUGUUCUAUGGAAUAGCAUUCCUGUCGAGAUAUGACAGCUGUCCAUCAUCUGCACUCUACAGAAACGAUGGAAGGCAUUCUUGUUUCAGUGGUCUUUCCCAGCUGGGUGAAUGGGUCUCUGCAUGGCUGUCUACAUUGUUGUUGUUUAACAUAACUGUUGUUUUCUGUGUUGUUUUAACUGUUUUGUAGCUUAAAAAAAAGAACUUUGUAUAUUGCCUUGAGAUGUGUGUGUGGAAGGUUUAAUAAUAAUAAUAAUAAUAAUAAUAAUAAUAAUGGGAAAUACCACCCAACGGAGCUGGUUUGCACAACACAGUAAGCCAAACAAUAGUUUGGAGAGACUGUGCAAAUUCCUAGGCAGACUCUCAUAGCUUCUUUCUUCUUCCCCAAUCCAUUUUAUUGUUGCACUGUGCUGAGCUAAGCUUGCCGAAUGGGGACUUGCAGUUGAUUUCUCUCCUCGCUAACAGAGAGUCUCAACCAGGAAAAAACUUACUGUGUCAUGGAGAACUGGGUCAGUGUGUACUCAUCUUCAAAUUGUUGUUCAACUUUUAAAAAAUCCUUGUCUCAUGCAUUGGGUUAUUAUUUUGGAAUUGUCUUAAUUUCCUCUAGUCUGCUCUUUGCUUCCUAACCCUAUGAAACAUUAAUGAGUUUAAUCUAGAGGAGACAUUUCUGGUACUAGGAACAGCAGCUAUGUGACACCCUCAGAACUUCUCAUGGAAUUUGUGUGGCUCUUGUUUUUUUAGAGGCUUGUUUUAUUUGUGUGUGGGGGGGAAGAGAAUCAAAAUUUUCACUUCUAGCUUUUCACUUCUACAACAGUGUUUUUUAAGAGUGGGUUACAUAUAUAGUCAAGUCGCAUCAUUUGCACAUUUUACUUACCAAAUUCAACUUGAUGCACUUGACUGAUGCUCUGUUUCAGCCUUUUUCUUCUAGUUGCUUCUCUCUCUCUCUCUCUCUCUCUCUCCCCUCCCCUCCCCUCCCUGUGGGUGCCCCCUCUUCCCUGCCCCUCCACCACUGGUGGAGCACCAAAACCAGCAGUUUCCGGCAAGUCUCAUGAGAUCUUGUGCACUCUGUCAGAACCUGCUGUUGUUGCUGCCAUUUCACUGUACCACCAUGCAAGCCAGACAAGGAAGCUUUGGGUCAGUGAUGUGGAGAUUGCAGGGUUGGGGAGAACCUUCCCAUUUCACCUCAGGCAGCAAAAAAGAAUGUGCUGCCCCUUGCACCAUCCCAGCCCAGUGUCCAGAUACCAGCUGAGAUCAUGUAUACUAGCACCUGAUUCAAAUGCUAAUGGAGAUGAAGCGUCUCCACCUCCAUCGUUCUGCCCAGACACUGAGGUCCAGCGCUGAGGGACUUCUGGUGGUUCCCUUGCUGCGAGAAGCCAAGUUACAGGGAACCAGGCAGAGGGCCUUCUCAGUAGUGGUACCCGCCCUGUGGCACGCCCUCCCACCAGAUGUCAAAGAGAAAAAUAACUACCAAACUUUUAGAAGACAUCUGAAGGCAGCCCUGUUUAGGGAAGCUUUUAAUGUUUAAUAGGUUAUUGUAUUUUAGUGUUUUGUUGGAAGCCUCCCAGAGUGGCUGGGGAAACCCAGCCAGAUGGGCUGGGUAUAAAUAACAAAUUAUUAUUAUUAUUUUUCUUAUUAUUAUUAUUAUAACAAGAAAUUGGGCUCUCCUGCAGAUUCAAGGGAAGACUUAUGGCCCACCUUUGCAAGGAGUUGGUUUCCAGCUCAUUCCUUACAAAGCCUCAUUUGAAAUGAAUGAAAAAGGCUUCUGUGUUUUUAAUCACUCACAUUUGUAGCCUGUCAUUUCCCAAGGAGCUUAGAGCAGUAAGCAUAAGGACAUUUGUACCCCACUCUUCCAUGGAACUCCAGAUGUCAGACAUGGACUUCCUAUGAAACCUCCCAGCCAAACGCUGACCUGGUCCAGGCCUGAUUUGCUUCAUUGUCUGCUUUCAGACCAGGUCGUGCUUCUAUUUUAUGUUUAUUGUAGAGCUGCCCAUCACAACAGAAAACACCAGCCCAGGAUUUGAAUAUGUUCACAUGUCCAAUUGACUGCCUAAAGCAAUUGCUUCACAUUAUUUCUAGGGGAGGCUGGCCCUGACAUAAGCCCCUGAAAAUGAUGCUUUCCCUUCUGUCUCUCCUUCCUGGAAAAAUGUGUCUCCAACUGUCCUUUUCUACAUUGCCAACAACUUCAUAAUCUCCUGGUGCUUAAGUCUGUCCUAUUUCUAAAACUUUGAAGUGUCCUCACUUGGUUCAUUUUGGCAGGUAGUUUGACAGAUCUAGACCAUUUCAGUAGUCCCUGCAGAAUCUUUUCCUUUUCCUUCCUGUUACACUAAACCAUUAAACAACUGGCUUAAAAAUAAAUAUGCUGAGUGGCUCACUGGCUUUCUGUUGAAAAUGCAGCACUUCUUAUUUUAUUUUUUUUGCAGGAUAUGCCACAGAAUGUAGUCAGAACCUUGUUCUUUCCAGCAAUGUUGAUAUCCCCGGAGGCCCUUCUCUUUCUGGACAGAGAAAGAAGUAUAAACUGAAAACUGAUCUUAGUGUCGUUUAA